AAUUGAUAAGAGUAUUUCAAAUAAAAAAAUUAGGUAAAUAUAACAUACCCUUUCUGCAUUUAAAAUUUUUCUUAACAUAUCAUAACUUCAUUAACCACGACCUUCUCUAAAUUGGUUGUGGGAAAAAAAAAAAUCACGAUAUAUAAACACAUGUCAGAUUCUCAGUUAUAACCAACACCUGAAUUCCACGAUAUCACAAACGAUGUCAUACUGGCAUCACAAUUCACAAUCGGAAUUCUACUCGUACAUCUUCUAAAACCAAAUCACAAAUUUGUAUGCCACAAUCCACACAUCAUAAUCUAGAAUUUGUGAAUUUGAAUUCUUGCAAACUUCAGGAAAUUAAGGUUCCUGUUUUUUUAAUAGGACAUAAAAAAAAACAGAAAAUUUUAGGGAGAAAAAAUAAACAGAAACAGAGGCAGAGAGAAUACAAACAGUAUUUUUCUGACAAAAAAAACCUCCAAUGUGCUAAGCACCAAGCCACCAAUACCCCCAAAAUCUCUCUGUAAAAACCCUAACUCGCAUUGCAGAAAAUUCCGACCCUAAUUUUCUCUCUCCUCAUCAUCGGCGGCUCCGAUGAAGAGACCUUCGCCGGCGUCAAUGGCGGAUUCGCCGGACUUUCCUCCACCUGCACCGCCAAAUCAUCGGAUGAAGAAAACGAGGGAGUUGCCCAAUUUGUCUGAUUGCAAUUGCUGUAAUCGUCACAUCAAUAGUACAAACCCUAAAAAUGGCCUUCAAAUCCUUGCUAGUGAGUGGCGAAUCGUUCUUCUUUGUAAAUGUUGCUAUAGUCUCGUUGAAUCGUCGCAAUAUUGUUCUUAUUGUUUAACUAGGGUUUCAUCUUCAUCAAUGGAGUCGUUUCAUGAGUGCAAGAGAUGUCGACGUAGGGUUCAUAAGGCGUGCGCUUCGAUGUUUCCUUUUGGUUCAGGUAAUGGUAAUAAUUGUUGUGAUGAUUUUUCGGUUUGUUUUGAUUGUUGGGUUCCGAAAUUGAUUGAGAAUGAUUAUAAAGCUAGGGUUCUUGGUAGUAAAAUUAAGAGUAAAGUGGCGAAAACCGGGUGUGAUUUGACGAAUUCGUUGGGGAGUUCUGGGGUUUGUGAUUCACAGGAUAUGGGGAGAGGUGAGGAUGCUUUGAAUGAUGUUCAUGUUGUUGCUCAGAAGAAGGUUGCCGUUGCCCUUGAGGCGAAGGAGAAGGCUUUUAACAAGGUGAUGGAUGCAACGAAGGCGAUUGCUGUAGCGAGUAGAGCUGUGGGUUUGGUUAGUGUAGAUAGGGGUGGUGAUCAACAAGGUUCAGCGGUUGAUGUGGAUGCACAAUUGGCUUUCAGGUUGCAUAGAGCGAUGAAUAGCUCACCUAGGAUAUCGAGGAACUCGUGUUUGUUGAAUACGCAAUGUGAGGAUGUGCCUGAGGUGGAUGGUCUUGGAUUGCAGGCAGCUAUUGAUCCAAGUUGCUCCAGCAAACCUAGCAAUGCUGGAGGUGAUGGGGAAAGUGGGUGUCCUGAAACUAUACAAGCUUUUGAGCAUAAGUGUGCUAGAAUACAAGAUGAGAAGCAAGAUGGUGAUCUAGAUGGUUGCUUGAUUACGUAUAGCAGGAAGGGGCGAGCAUCAUUAGAAGCUAAGGGCAAGAAAGAACCUGAUUCCUCUCAGAGAACGCGCUGUAGGCGGUGGUCAUCAGGAGCUGUAAAGAUCAAGGAGGAACAUGACUGCCCUCUGAGGACAUAUAGGAGGAGGCUGUCAAAAGUUGAAAGGUGCAAAUUGGAGCUUGGUUAUUAUACUUAGACAUAUAGCAGAAGGCACUCAUCAAUCCCACAAUGUAAAGAAAACUUAAUCCAUAGCAGUUAUAAGCUAGAUAAUGGGGCUCCGGCAAUUGUUUUGAAGUGCUGUGAGGAAUCACCAGCAUUCACUACUGCUUCUUAGCAUGGAUUCAUCUUUCUAAGCUCUGAAGGUCUGGCUUUUAGUCUUCCUACUUCCCAGCUCCUCCAGUACAGAGAAAAUAUUUUUUUAUUGAGAGAUGCUAAGCUGAAAGACGGGAUAAUUGUAGACCAUGUUCUAGCAUAAAUCAACACUCAUAAGCAUCCAAGCGUACUCAUUUCUCAUUGGUGUGUUGUCAAUCAUGUCAUUGCGAGAUACAGCCAAGAUUUUUGUGUCAAACAUUCAACAAGACGCAAAGUCGGAUUUCUCUUUACAUAAAGGUGUGUGAUUUGAGAUCCUGUCUUCAAAAGGCCUGAAGACUCCAUAAUUGAGGAGUGCAAACAGAGAUAAAGGAGAUCAAGUGGAGAGCAUUAUAUCUUUUAGGGUAUUUGAGGAUUGAGAUUAUGUAGUAACCAAACGAUUCUAGAUGAACAAAUCCUUGUUGAGUUGGAAAUUAUUGAUACAUCAGGUCCUCUGGCAGUUUUAGUAGUUUUUUUUUUUUGGGGCGGAUGGGGGUGGGACUCUUGGCACUUUUUCUUUGAAGUCGGAAGCCGCAAUCAGCCUUCUAUUUUUUCCCCCCUUAAUUUCAGUGCAAUUGUACUGGGAUGGAAGGAGUACUUCUCUAGGGCUGUAAGAGAUGCCACAAAUAUCGAUCUAUUACCGACUGGUUUUUCCCUGUGGACUAUAUGUAGAAGAAAGUUUUUCUUGAAUGGGUCGUUCAAGCUUUUUCUGGAUUCUCAUAAGAAGUGUCAGGGCUAAGUUGCAGGCAAAUUUUGGGAAGCUGGCUUUGCAUACCAUAAGGCUACCAGAGAAGUUUGAGAAUUAGUGGAGCAAUGUAUUCUGUAGAUUGGCAUAGAGUUCUCACAAGUCACAACAUAGGGGUUUAAGGGUUUUCAUGUAUGUGAUACUUUGAGUAAGAUAUGAGCAGAAUCUGAUUCUUUGUCUUAACAUGCAACAUACCUGUGAUGGCAUUGUAAAUUUUUGGAGUAGAUAUUGAACAAAUUAUUUUCCUA